CAAAUAAGCAUAAAAAUAUAUCAUCAGGAGUUCAGGAUUACGCGCUGUACUUAAUAAGAAGCUUUAUCGUGUGGAGACAGGAUAGUGCUGUAAUAUUUAGUUAAAGUCUGUAAUGCUUUGACAAUUUUUAUUCAUUCUAAUUUUUAAAUGCAGUAACCGUACACUGUACUGAAACGCUUGCCUUCAUGGUACUAUACACUGACCCCGGACCCUUGCCUUGAGAUAAAGGGGCAAUACUGAGAUACUGGACAAAUCUAUCGAAACGGAAUAUCGGAUAUCAUAACAAAAUUACUAUUCUGGCGUUUAUUUCCAUUAACUGAUUGUGAGUCGUCUGCCCCAGUUCAGAGCCUGCAAUAUUUCUUUCUUUCCGGAAUAAGCACCUCGGUCUGUUGGUCCUAUCAGCGUGCAUGGACAUCCGGCCUCCACUGCUUUCCCUUGCCUGUAUCCUUACCCUUGGCCAGUGUCAACAGUCAGCCAGGCCAUUUUAUUGCUACAGCUGCAACUAUGACAUUAGCAUCACACAGAACACUGCCAAUCAGCAUCCGUAUGGCUGCCUAAAAGGUUACGAGACAACCGCCAUCGACUGCUCCAAGAAAGCGUACGUCACCUGUAUACCGGGCCAGAGCAAAUGCAACGGAUGCUUGAUGGAAACCAUCUAUGCUCCGAGCCGAUACUACGGGGGAAACAUCGGGCCCAUGCUCAAACGUUACUGCUUGGCCAGCAACCAACACCAGCUGCAGCUGCUGCUGAUGACGCUAAAACCGGAUGGACCGCAUCAGUACGCCUGCCGUCUGUAUACAGCGUCGAUGGAUAUGCCGGUGCGACAGUGUGUCUGCUGGGGCGACAAGUGCAACCGGCAGAAUCUCGGACAGCACUUUUUGGCACCGGUGGCAAAGGAUACGGAUGCACUACACCCCAACGGCACGGGCAAUUGGUCGGAUAUCUUCAAGCAGGAACAGUAUGAAAACCAACCGCGCCCCACCAUGCCGCCCACCUGGACCAGUAAACCGGGUCCGGUUGGUGGUGGGGGUGGCGCUAGUAAUGGAGUGCAGGAUGGCAGCAACAAAGUGCCAGGAAAUAGUGACAAUGAGACGCGCAUCUGUGAUCCACGCUACCCGGACGAAGCGGACUGCGCUGCGGACGCUGCCCGCGGACGAAAUUCGGCCCUUUCCAUCACACGAUCAUCGGCAUUUGUCCCGGUAUUUCUGGUAACGCUAAAGUGGAGAAUUAGAUACACAAAGUCCCUUUUGGGGGCGGAUUAAAGACUCCAUUGUGUCGGAACGAAUCAAGGCACCACUAACUUAAUUACGAUUGUUUUAACAACCUUUGUCCGGAUUUAUUAUGCUAGAUUUGUUAAGGGAGGGUUUUGAUUUAAAUUGGUCCGAGAACACCAUAGCAUCGAAGCUUUCGUGACCAUAGAUUACAAAAUUAAUCUGUUUUUCUUCACAAAAUUUACUGGGUUGCCUGUUGUUUAUAGUUUCGAAAAUGUGUCGAUAUGAAAGGUCAUGUCGUGCGCGGUAAUGCGGCAAUGUGGGUUAUGCGGUACCGAGUUGGAAUCAUAGGCGACCAAAAUAGAACUCUCUUCUGCACAACUUUACAGUAGGCUCUGAUGAGCGAAAGACCUUUUGAAUGAAUAGCUUUUGUGG